AUGAAUCCGUCAUCAGUCCCAGUUCCAGUUCCACCAGGAAGCUCACAGCCUCAAGGUCGACUAGAAGGACUUCCGUUUGAGAUGCUAGGAUACAUCUUUGAAUGCUCACAGCCUGAUGACACCGUCGCUUUGGGUUUAUGCUCAAGAUAUCUCUGGGGCACUUUUAUCAAGUGGGCACAAAAUAGAGACCUGAUAUGGACGAACACAUAUUCAUUUGCUCGAACUCCAAUCAUGCAUGCAAGCUCAUGGCUCAAAACCCUCCCUCCAUAUGGCUACGAUAUGUACCCAAAUGCAAGGCCGGAAGAAACGGAGGAGGAAGAGCAGCAAGAGGAGGAGGUUUCCGAACCUGAAACACGUCAAGUCACUCAAGCUACAAUCUUAUUUGACAACUUCAUACUACGAUCCCAUCAAGCUCCAUUCCCGUGCGACUACAUCAAGUCUUUCGAUAACGUGAUUGCGACGGCUGAUAUCCCGGGCCACCUUCACGAGAGUAUGAGAUCUUGUCUUCCCACAAUGACAAUUCAAGAGGGAAGCCAGUGGCUGCUACGCAACGUCACUAACAACGAGUACAUCCGAAUGGAGAAAGUUGUCACAGAUGAAGGCGAAGAGACAGUCUCUCAUGUCGGGAACAGUUGGCUCACGCUAGACAUGCUCCUAAUCUGGUUGAUCACCUGGAAAGGCGAUGAUAAAGCAGUUCCGUGGUCAUGGAAAGAGCUUGAACGAUAUGUGGGCAGCAAUAUAGAUGACAUGAUGUAUGCAAUGAUCAACGUUUUCAACCACAGACCAGGAACCGACUACGUUUGGCCAAUAUGGAGGGGCAAUUGGGCAGGCCACAGCCUGGAAGUCGUUACAGAUAGGAAAUUGGAUGAGGUAUGGAUCGAUCGAACCAGUGAGAUCGAGACACUGGCUCUAAAGAUAGCGCCUACUAUGUACGUUAUGGCCCUCCAACACGGGACGGCCAAGGCGAGAAGGUACUGGGAAAUUGUUCUUGACCUACAAGGGUAUGUUCAUGAUGAAGAGCGGGAUGGGGUGACUCACAAGAUUAUUCAUGCGGGAGCGAUGAGAAAACACUCAGACUAUACAUGCUAUUGCCAUAGAUAG